GGGCAUGGCGCCCGAACAAAAAGCGGAGUUUCCUGUUUCGUACAGUGCGUAGUAUUCGUAUUUAUAUGCCGCGCGGUGUGAGUUAUUUAAGAGCAUUUCCCAGGUUUAUGGUUCAUCAGUAAUCACAAAGGGGGAUUUUAUAAAGCAGCGAGUUUUUUAACGCAAUUUUCACUCUGCACCGUUUCUUUGCAGUUUUGUAGACGUUUUUGAAUAGAAGGAUAUUCUUAUUUGAUCGACUUGCCAUUACCAAAAUGGCGUGGAACAGAGAAGCAACCGUUUUUGUUCUGGAUGUGGGUGCGGGGAUGAAAGACGUAGUGGAAGGGAAAAUGACUGCGCUGGAAGUCUCAACGACGUGUAUGACGAGAAUGCUGCACAAUAAACUGUUCACGGAAUCCAAAGAUGAAUUCGCCCUAAUUCUGUGCGGAUCUGAGGAAACCGAAAAUCGGCUGAACAGCGAUGUCGCGAAUGAGCGUUACGACAACAUUAAAACCGAGCAAGAUCUGAAACUAGUUAGCUGGGAAAUGCUGGAAUCCAUGGUCAACCAGGACCAGCCGACAGCUAUCCAAGGCGAUGUAUUUGACGCUAUUAGAGUGGCUCUGGACAUUAUUGAACAAGAUGCGGCUGCGUCGAAAAGGAAGCGGUUUGCCAGCCGAAGAAUCGUUGUCUUCAGUAAUCUGAAGUCUCCCACCGCCUUCAGCACUUCGCAAGUGGACACGCUGGCCAAAGAUUUGCAGCAGGCCAAUGUCGGCGUGUUGCAGCUGAUUGGUCGUGAUCUGGAUGCUGGCCCGAUGGAACCGGCUGUCAGAAAUGAUAAAACGCACGGGAAACAAGCGAAGGGAUUCAGUGAUGCCGCUAAAAUGAUGAAUCAUUUAUUCGAGAAACUGAUUUCAUUGAAAAUACAGGACACAAAAGAAUCCUAUUCCUACGAAGAUGCAGUGGCUUAUUCAACGGAAUUUACAACUCGUGUUGUCCGACCAACGCCAUGGAAAGCCUUAUUGGAACUAGGCGAAACAUUGAAAAUUCCCGUUGUAGCGUAUUCAGAGGUAAAACUAGCGGCGCCUAAGCAGACCUGGAAGAAAGCCAUCGCCCAAGAUGUAAAUAAUCCCAUUCAGCAAUCAGUCGAAUACUUCAUUCAAAAAGGGCUGCAGAGAGAAGAGAUCAAACCAGAAGACGUGAUUGAGGGACAUAAAUACGGUAGCACAUUGGUUCCUUUCACAGCCGACGAUAAGUUAUCCAUGAAAUUCACAAAUAUUGGGAAAUGCCUUAAAGUACUGGGAUUUGCGUCUGCCGAUGAGGUGAAAAACCAUCUAUAUAUGGGCAGUGAUGUUAAAGUGAUGACAGCACCCGAAGGCGACCAAGCCGCUCAGAAAGCGCUAUCCGGUCUGGUGCACGCCCUGGAAAAAGAGAAAGCCGUUGUUAUUGCCCGGUUUGGAUACAAUGCCAUCAGUGCCCCCAAACUGGUAUCCCUUUCCCCACACAUACGCGAAGAUGAAAAAGAACACUUCGAAGGACUGUACUUCCAUUAUUUACCGUUUGCCGAUGAUCUCCGUAUGUUCACAUUUCCAUCACUGACCGACGAUGAUCAGAAGGAUAACACGAAGCCGAACGCCGAACAAUUGACUACCAUGGAUGCCUACAUUGACAAGCUAACGCUGACAGAAGAUAACGACGAAUUCGAAGCUACCAGCCCAAAACAGAUCAACAAUCCAUAUCUGCAACGUUUAUAUUUGGCUCUGCAGUUUAGAGCGCUUAAGCCUGACGAACCAGUGCCUCCUUUAGACGAGCGUUUACUGGAUAAACUCCGUAUGCCAGAUAGAUUGGUUAAGCUAUCGAAAGCGGAAGUGGAGCAGAUGACAGGGUUGUUCCCGAUGAAAAAAGUCGAAACCAAGCCACGAUUUAAAAACGGCGGCGUUUUCCAAGAUGAAGCGCAUCCUGGUGAUGACGGAAAUUCGAGUGUAGUCGCAUCCGAUACCAAAAAUGAUUCCAAGGCAGCCCAGGAUACGGUCAAGAACAUCGGUACCAUUGCACCGGCUGAUGAUUUCCGGGUGAUGGUUAGCAAAGCCGAUGAUGGGCACUUUGCAAAUGUGAUGAAAAAGGCGGUUGCGAUUAUCAACCAGCUCAUCUUCAAAACCUUCGAGGGAUCGGUGUAUGCGGAUAAAGUGAUCCUGUUGUUGUACGCUAUGCGGGAAGAGUCUGUCAAACGGAAUUUACCCGGUUCAUUCAAUGAUUUCCUGCGAUCUUUCAAAGAUGACCUAUUGGAGAAGAAUUUCGAUGAUGUGUGGAAUAAGAUUGUCGCAAAAAACCUCAACCUCAUAUCGAAAUCCGAAUUGACAAGCAGCACAGUGUCAUCCCACCAGGCUACAGAAUUUCUCCAGUCACGCAAAGAGGUGCCGAAGGAAAAGAAGAAUAUUCCAGUUGCCGCUAAAGAGGACGAUAUGUUCGAUGAAAUGUUCAGCUAAAUUGGAGUCCGCCGGUUCCGUUCCAGAGUCGUUUUCCCGCUCUUCCUGUCAUGUUUCAUGGAGCCACUGUGAAGCAAAAAAGUAUUUGCUACAUACGUAUUCUUUGUCUCGUGUAAAGCAGAAAAUAAUUUUGCGAGUCUCGUGUUUUGCGAUUCGUUCGUUGCGUUAACGCUGUGAAGAAAACCAUGGUUGUGGUUUCUAUUGUUUUAUCGGUUUGAUGUUGUAAGAAAGGAAUGACUUAGUAUUGUAUGAUGUUUAUUGCGACAACGCUUUAAUUUGGAAGUAAUAAACAUUUACAAUAAAAUAACGUACUUU